CGCAUCGCACACUGACACUGGGCACGUGGCCACCAUGGUGUCGUCAGUCACCCUGGCAAGGAAAUCCCAGUCGUUCGUCGUGCCGGCCGCGCCGGCGUCGGGAGAGACGCUGGAGCUGUCCGCCAUCGACCGCGUGCCCGGGCUGCGCCACACCGUGCGGUCACUGCACGUGUUCCGGCGCAACGGCGCCGACAGCGCCAGGCCGGCCGAGGUGAUCCGCGCCGCGCUGUCGCGCGCGCUGGUGGAGUACCCCGCGUUCGCCGGCCGCUUCGUGGGAUCGGCGGCGGCUGGCGAGGCCUGCGUUGCGUGCACCGGCGACGGCGCUUGGUUCGUUGAGGCCGCCGCCGACUGCAGCCUGGAGGACGUGAACGGCCUGGACUACCCUCUCGUGGUCUGCGAGGAGGAGCUGCUGCCCGCUCCGGAGGAAGGCGUUGACCCUACCACUCUUCCGGUCAUGAUGCAGGUGACCGAAUUCACUUGUGGAGGAUUUGUUGUGGGCUUGGUAGCGGUCCACACCCUCACAGACGGGCUUGGCGCAGCACAAUUCAUCAACACAAUUGCUGAGUUAGCCCGCGGUCUGGACAAGCCUACGGUGGCUCCUGCAUGGGCUCAGGCUGUAAUCCCAAGCCCACCCAAGUUACCUCCAGGGCCACCGCCAUCGUUCCAGUCCUUCGGCUUCCAGCAUUUCGCCACAGAUGUUAGCUCAGAGUGUAUCGCCCAUGUCAAGGUCGAAUACUUCCAAGCAAUGGGUCAGUAUUGCUCAACUUUUGAUGUCGCCAUUGCAAUGGUUUGGCAAGCUCGAACUCGGGCCAUCAAGUACAGUCCAGAAUCCGAGGUCAAAAUAUGCUUCUUCGCAAACACCAGACACCUUCUCACACAAGUUCUCCCAAAGGAUGGGGGCUUCUACGGCAACUGCUUCUACCCGGUUACCGUGACAUCUAUGGCGAAGGAUGUUGCCAUGAUGGGGCUGCUUGGUGUGAUCAGGAUGAUUAGGGACGGGAAGGCAAGGCUCCCUUUGGAGUUUGCCAAGUGGGCGUCAGGGGAUGUGAAGAUUGAUCCAUACCAGUUGGCGUUCGAGCACAAUGUGCUAUUUGUGUCGGAUUGGACGAGGCUUGGAUUCUUUGAGGUCGACUACGGGUGGGGCACUCCUAGCCAUAUCUUACCAUUUACCUAUGCAGAUUACAUGGCGGUCGUGGUGCUUGGUGCUCCGCCAAUGCCCAAGAAGGGCACACGAGUUAUGACCCAGUGUGUGGAGGAGAAGUAUCUCAAUGAGUUCAAGGAUGAGAUGAAGGGUUUCUUUUAAAAGCCUAGUUGUUAUCAUAUCAAUGGCAUGAGUGGAUGUUGGGUUUGGAUAAAAAAUUUGGAGCAUGAGGAAAUACUACACUUGCGAUGUUGGGAAAAGUAACAAAUAAUAUUGUCGCACAACUAUCCAUGUAAUUCAGGGGGUGGUCUAAUAUAUGGACAACUGCUCAAUAAAGUUUGUGAAAGUACAUUGUGCC